CCAUUUAAACUUAAACUUCCAUUAUAGUUAACGUGAACUGUGCUGUUUCCAGGCAGGGCUGCCACGUUUACGGUCACAGUCAACCGUUCGAUUUAUAGUCAAAGGCGGCCCGUUUACAGUCAAUGCUGUCACGUCUGUGUUUAACCUGGGUCGUAUGGUUUUCAGUCAUAGCUGGGCCGUUUAUAUUCUGUGCUGUCAUGUCUGUGUCUAAAAUGAAUUGUAUAGUUUUUAGUCACCGCUAGUCCGUUUACAGUAGAGUUGUCAUGUGUAUGGUUAACCUGGACCAUGCUGAUUCCAGUCAGAUCUGGGCGUUUAUGGUUAACGUGAACCAUUCUGUUGUCAGUCAGCGCUGGAAUGUUUAUCAUUAACAAGGACUGUGCUGUUCCAAUUUAGCGCCAGGCGAUUACCGUCUCCCACUCCAUUUGCAUUUAACUCUGGCCCGUUGACAGUUAAUGUGAAAUGCAAUGCAAUUUUAUUUAUUUAUAUAGAAAUGCUCCCUCCCUCUUAAGGUGAGCUGUUCUGUCCAGUGUUGGUUCAUUCCUUUUAACGGGGAUCUUUUCCUUCAGAGCUCCUCUGUUUACUGUCAGCUCCUGCCAAUCCUUUUCCAUUUGACAUCAUCCAUUCCAUCCAGUGGGAGCCUGUUCCAUUCAGUAAUAGACUUCUCUGUUCGGUAUUGGCAUGUUCCUCUCAGCCUGGAUUGUACCAUUGCCAUUUCCGUCCUGUUUCCAUUUUACAUGGCCUGUUCCAUUCAGCAUGGACCGUUCCAUCUUUGUUUCAUUCGGACUUUUCCAUCUUAACCAGGACUGUUCCGUUUAUCUUAACAUGCACCAUUUCCCCUCAGAGAGGGCAGAGCCGCACACUUUGCCUGACUGGACGUAACAGGCUGGCAUUAUACUAGUGGCGUGUUUCCACAGGAAUUCCCCAAAAAACUGUUUUGUCUGCUACCUAAGAGAGGGAUCUGUAAAGUAAUACCAGCGAUGUCGGGGUCUUAAGUUAGGAAUGGGGUCAUUAUCAUUAUUAUUAUUGAGCAGCAAGCAGAUUGUAGCAGGUGGACUUGGAUUUUUAAUUCGUUGGUGAUGUAGCUAUGAUAACCUUUCUAUUUCUACCUAUUUCAAGGUGUGUAGUAUGUUAUUUUUGGUUGUAUAGGUAUAUCCUCACAUAUAGCUUCUCCAGUGUAAUUAAAAAAUAGGAUUUUCAACUUGCCAUACAGGAUUGUUAACUUUCUCAGUGGAUUGCUAAAAUUUCCAAUCCAUGACAGGUAGUGGGGGGGGGGAUAUAAUUUUAACUCUAACCCCCUGUGUAUAGCUGCUAGCGUAUCAAGGAAUGCAGCCAGAAAAUUGCUAUUUUAUUUUGUGUGCCUUUUUUUCCCAUUCAGGCCCAGGGGAACUAUUCUUAAUCUGGUAAUAUACUAAACCAGUCUAGCCUACAGAACAGAGGAGGGGGAGAAAAACCAACACGGUAGCGUUUUUAUAAAUGGCACCCUGAAACAAAGGUGGGAGAAAUUACCCAGCAGGACGGAAAAUAAGCAGCGAUGACGGCAGCUUAGGCUCAGCCAGCUCCGGUCGCAGAGCUUCUCUGGGCGACCCGGGGUCGUCAUCCACGCUCAGAGGCCGAGCGAGAGGGGUCUUUGCCGAAUUGUCACUUCCUUUUCUUCGGAAAUAAGCUCCGUGUCUAGGCAGCCGCCAGACAUAGCCCCCAUCCUUUUGUGGGCAAGGGGGCUGGUUUCAGUCGGGAAGGAAUUUUUUCCCGUCAUAGACAUGCGCUGCUGAUUCAGUGAUCAGCUCUGUGACUUUAGGCACCCGGAGAAACAGCAGUGUAAGUGGAUUGGGAGGGCGGUCAUCUGUGUCUGGCCGAUUUUAGACUUUAUUUCCCCACCCCCAGAGAAUCAGACCAGAUGAUGCAGAUCUCAAUUUCAUUAUUUCACCAUAAAAGGCAUGGUUUCACUAUUUUGUUAUCUGUCCAUAAAAGUUAUGGUUUCACUGUUUCUGUCCUGAAGUCGUCCCAUUGUGAUUAAUGACGCUUUGGUGUGAUGCAAAGUUAUUUUGUGGAUUCUGGAGCUGGUAGUGGGCAGAGCAGACAGCAGGUGUCUAUUGUGUUUUCUUAUAGCGGAUUCUGUCGAAGUGGGGAUCUCCAGUUUUUUUCUCCAGUGAACUAAACUAAGAAACAAUUUUUCUUUAUUAUUUAGGUAAAUAUGGUUGUCUCAUAUUCUGGCAUCAGACCAUCUGCUGUGUGGUUGGGUAUCCGGUAUUAUGUUUGAAGACGGUGACUGCAGAUAAUCAGUGUUGCUGCAUCUCAAUAGAGAGGACUUCAGAAAUGGGCGUGAAAACGUUCACCCACAGUUCAGCCACCCACAGUCAGGAGAUGCUGGAGAAGCUCAACGCCCUACGAAACGAGGGCCACUUCUGCGACGUCACCAUCCGGGUGCAAGACAAAAUCUUCCUGGCGCAUAAAGUGGUGCUGGCCUGCUGCAGCGAGUUCCUGCGCAGCAAGCUGGUGGGCCGCCCAGACAACGACGACAAGGUGGUGCUGGACCUUCAUCAUGUGACGGUGAGCGGCUUCACGCCGCUGCUAGAGUACGCCUACACCUCCACGCUCUCCAUCAACACAGAGAACAUCAUCGAUGUGCUGGCCGCCGCCAGCUACAUGCAAAUGUUUGCUGUCGCCAGCACAUGCUCCGAGUUCAUGAAGUCGAGCAUCCUGUGGAACGCGGGCAGCAGUGGUGGGGGCGUGUCACAGGAGAAGGCACCUGAUGCCACAACAGAGGACACUGCUGGCUGUACCCCGACACCGCAAGACGGCAGCCUUUCGCCAGUGUCAUCCGAGUGCAGCGUGAUGGAGCGGGCCAUCCCUGUGUGCCGCGAGUCCCGCCGCAAGCGCAAGAGCUUCAUCGUCAUGUCUCCUGAGAGUCCGCUGAAGUGCCCUGCCUCGCAGGCUGCCUCCCCACAGGUGCCACAUCCGUCCUCCUCAUUCCCAGACGCUGGCGUGCAGCCGGUGGACUCUUCUCUGGCCUUCCCCUGGACCUUCCCCUUUGGCGUGGACCGGCGGUUUCAGUCGGAGAAACCCAAGGUGCCGGGGAGUCCCCACGGGUUGGAGCAAGGCGCCUCUGCCACCGACGUGUCCCGCGGCCUGCCUGACUACCUGGCCUGCGAGGGGCCCAAGACGGUGGUGGCGGCAUCCCCACUGGCAGGAGAGGAGGAUGUCCGUGUCAAAGUGGAGCGGCUCAGUGACGAGGAGGCUCACGAGGAAGCAUCACAGCCUGUUAGUGCCUCUCACAGCUCCCUCAGUGACCAGCAGACCGUCCCCGGCAGUGAACAAGUCCAGGAGGACCUUUUAAUCAGCCCCCAGUCCUCCUCCAUAGGUUCCAUAGAUGAGGGUGUCGUGGAGGGCUUGCCUUCCAUUCAGGGCACGUCCAACGCCAGCGGCCACGCAGAAGAUGACGAGAGGUUAGAGAAUGUUCAGUACCCGUAUCACCUGUACAUAAGCCCCUCCACCAGGCCCGGAACCAAUGGCCCAGACAGGCCGUUUCAGUGUCCCACAUGUGGGGUCAGGUUUACACGCAUCCAGAACCUGAAGCAGCACAUGCUUAUCCACUCAGGCAUUAAGCCCUUCCAGUGUGAUCGCUGUGGGAAAAAAUUCACAAGGGCCUACUCGCUUAAGAUGCACCGUCUGAAGCACGAAGGUAAACGCUGUUUCCGGUGCCAGAUCUGUAGCGCCACUUUCACUUCCUUCGGUGAAUAUAAGCACCACAUGAGGGUGUCCCGCCACAUGAUCCGCAAGCCGCGGAUUUACGAGUGCAAAACGUGCGGCGCCAUGUUUACCAACUCCGGCAAUUUAAUCGUACACCUGAGGAGUCUGAACCAUGAGGCGUCAGAGCUAGCAAACUACUUCCAGAGCAGUGAUUUCCUCGUGCCCGACUACCUGAACCAGGUGCAGGAGGAGGCCUUGGGACAGUACGAGUUGGCGGAGCAAAGUUUCGAAGGCAACUCUGUCCAGAUGCCGGUCAUCUCCCAGGUCUCCUCCACCCAAAACUGCGAGAGCGCCUUCUCUCUCGCCCCCCCGGGCGCCCUGGCCGCUAAGGAGGUGGAGGAGGACGAAGAGGAGGUGGAGGAGGAGGAGACAGUGUCAGAAGCGCCAAAGACAAGCACUGGCAGCUCUGUGGAGACUCCCAAAGACGGAGGCUCCCACAAGGAGGCUCUGGCCUCGAUCACUAUCCAGUGACCCACGUCACCUCCCCCUCCCCCUUCGCUGCCUGAAGCCCUGCCCCCACCCCUUGCCCAACCAAUGGAAAAGUGCCUGAAUUUCGUUCUCUGUGAUUUUAAGUAAAAAAACACCAAGGUGAGGUUUAAAUCCUGACAAGAGCAACGAAAGGUUUUUUCUUUUUCCUUUUGCAGUUUCAAACUGGAUCCUAUGAGUGUUUUUUUUUUUUUUUUUUUUUUUUUUUUUUUUUACAGUUGUCAGGCUUAUGUUUUUAGUGUCGCUUACAAACAAUUGCUUGUAGGUUUUGAAUAGUUUGACACUGAUAUUGUCGAUGGUUGAUAGCUGAUGUUAAUCGUAUGAGUACGUAUGUGUGUGAAUGUGUGUGUGUAAUGUCCCUAAGAAUAUGAACCACUUACAUUUUUAUAUAUAUAUAUAUAUAUAUAUAUAUAUAUAUAUAUACAAUAUAUAUUAUGCUGUAAGUGUUUAAACAUGUUUUUCUAGGUGAAACUUGAAAUAGCCUUUAUAUUUACGUGGCUCACGAUCACAUGUUAUGCUCCCUAUUGGUGUGUGAGCUCUCGGUGACACAAGGACUAGCGGGGGGGGGGCUUUAUCCAGGGAUCUUUCCCUCCCAAAAAUCUCAAUUAAAGAGAAGCCAACUUCAAGCUGAAGCUAACAAUAGCACCUGAAGCUCAAGGCGACUCUCUAUGUGAAUGACCCUCCCUUUAAGGGGGGGCAUGGCCUGACUGAACUGUGCUCAAGUGCCAAGCAGGUGCCCCCCAGCUCAGAGAACCUUUAUUGGAGUGACAGUGAGGGGUUCCCUCCCGGCACCAGUCGGUGGAGCACUCCCCUGCACCUCGGUUCACUCUAGGGGUUACCAGUAUCACUGAACACAGCCCAGAGAAUCACACCAAACAAAACGUGACAUGUCUAUAAAUACGCUCUAUAAAUACGCUGUACACAUGAAUACACGUCGGCUCCGACUUCGCUUGUGUUGCGAAGUGGGCUAUGAACACUAAACCUUGGACCUGUGUUGUCAUCAGGCAGAUGCAGUGGUGUGAUGAAACGCUCGGGUCAGUCCUGUAGAGUUAAGCAAAACUGCCAUUUCGAACAAUCGUUUGUGAGCUCCCACCCCCCCACCCCCCCGAGGGGACAUGUACGCCCUUCAGAAACUGACACUUUCCGGUGGCACUUAAUGUUAUUUCCACCAUCAUUCAAUAUUAACGAACCUGGCAGGCGAGGAGUCCCGACAUUUCUCUCUGAAUCAUCAGUUCGAUGCCUUCUUUCUCUGUGGUUGUGAUGAUGCAUUCAGACCGGCCGACUCUGCUCAAUCAGCAGCUUACUGGCUGAAGAAGCAUUCAAAACACUUGUACAUCAUUCAGAUGACAGACAAGGGAAUUAGAAUGAGCUGUCGAAUUACCUUUGUCUUCAAAACUUUUCAAUUUGUCUGAUAUUAGCACCAAGUUAUUUAUACACUCGUAUGCUGCUGUAUGGUGAUACUGUAAGACUUUUAGUAAAAGGAAAUAAGUGCCCGAAAUAUUUGUGUUCUUCAUUUGGACCUUUUUGUGUGCAAUAAAUAAAAAAAUAUAUAUAUAUGUAAGGUCUAAUGCCAAUUGUUUCAGAAUUUCAAAACGAAAGAAUGUAUGUUUUUUUUGUAAUAGUGGGCUUUGAUAAUGUGACUUACUUGGACGAGAAGAGGUUGGAAAUUCUUUCAUUUCUGUGAAACAAACCGCCUACGGAGAAAAAAAAAAAAAACCGCACGAGUUUGCCGUCGCUCUCCCCUGAAUCGUGACCGUGUGCCGUCCUUGUGUGACGCUGUGAAAGUGUUCCUGCCGCUUUUUGACGACCUGCUUCACGUCGGGGCUGUUGGGGGCGGGAGAGACUGCCAGUCGGCCUCGACUCCCGCAGUUAUUAUCGGCAUAUCCGCUCUUAUCGCUAAAAUCUGAUAUCAUUCAGCAUGGGGAACGUUUCUUUUCUUACUGUUUUGUCUCCCCGUUUUUAUAGAUGUCGCUUCUGAAGUGUGAAAUGUUUUCAUCGCUUCGGAUAACCUAUCUGCUUUUUAUAUGUAAUAUACAUUUUCUGGUUUAUAGUGUUAAAAAAGAGAAACAAGUGUAGCUAUUUGUCACUAUAUUUUUGUGAACUUUUGUAUUUUAAUUGCUGUUUGAUUGUCAUUUUUGGAAAUUCUUAUCAGUGUGGGUACCCAGAAAAGGUCAUUGGAUUCUGAGCCUUAUAGUGUUCGCUUUGUGACUGUCUGUAAUGUAUAUAUUCUUUAUAGUUUUGGUAAUCUGAAGCCUAGUUUUACUCGUAUUGUGUGCCUUUUGAUAUAUAAUCUGUAGUUUAUUUAAAUGGUCUUAAAAUACCGUGAUACGAUACAGAAAAGAAUGCAACAGCCUGUAGUUUCCAUAGUAACCUGGAUUUGUUUUUAAAAUUCUGUUUUUAGAGCAUUCUUUGGAAUCCAAACUUCGAGUAGAAAACCGACCUUCUGCAUUCUUUAUAACUAUUGGAUGUUUUUAAGCUUGCUCAUUUGUGUUUUUUGCAAGAACAUUAAUAGGGGUGUUUUGUACAAAAUUUAAAUUUAGAUUGUAAAUAAAAGUUUAUGCACCAUG